AUGAUUAUGUCAAAAAUAUUAAUUUUCUUUAUUUUAAAUGUGUUAAUAAAAUGUUCAAAUGUAAAGGAAAGAUUGUUUUUGAAUAUAAAAAAGAGAACGAAGUUUUUGUUAUUAAAUGAACCAAUUGUUCAUUUAAGUUUUAGUGAAAAUUUAAUUCAUAGUUUAGUAUUUGAUUUAGAAAAUGACAAAAAUUUAUACACACUGGAUGAAACCUUAUUAAAUCUUAAAAACUUAAAUCAUUCUUCUAUUUUUCGUUUAUUGGUGGAUACUUAUAAAAAAAUAGAAGAAGAUAAAGAUGAUAGAGAAAAUAUUCGUUAUAUAUUUCUGGGAACAUCUUUUUCUAGAAUACAUCCACUAAACCUUGAGUACUUUCUAAGAAAAUUAGAUAAAUAUGUAUACAAUGAAUCUAUAUAUAAAAAAGGAAACAUUAAUAUAAGGGAAAUAAUAAAUGAAUACAAUAAUGAAAUAAAAAUAAAACUGGAGGAAAAAGAAAAAAUAAAAAAACAAAAAGAAAAAGAAAAAGAAAAAGAAGGUGAACAAAUUGAUAUAAGUGAGAUAGAAAAGAUAAUUACGAAUGAAAAACAUUUUUUUUUAAAUAAUGAUGAUAGAGGUAAUGAUAAAUAUGUUAUUAAAGACAGUAUCUAUAAUGGAUUAUUUAUCGGAUAUGGACUAAAUGAUGAAUCCCCAUCUAUCAUUCAUCACUAUAAUUUGGACUCUAAAUUUUACUUUCCUUAUUUUAAUAGCGGUAUUUUAAUGGAUAUAACAUUAUUAAGAAACAUUUAUAAUAAAUCAAUUACAUCAAAUAUUUUCAGGACUAUUAAUAUUGACUACAUUUACGAGGUAUCAUUAUUUCUUAAUGAAAAAUUGAACGUAAAAUUAACAACUUUUGAAAAUACAUGCAUAAACGAUGAAAAAAACAUUUACUUAUUAGAUAAUGAUUUAAAUAAUUUUGAAUUAUAUAAAUAUUAUCAAGUAUUGCACUUAUUCAAAGAUCUUAAUCUAGAAACACAAAAGGAUAAUAACAGGAAUGAUCAAAAUAGUGAAAUGAUAAAUGAUAAAGAAAAUAAUACAGAAAAAAAUUUUAAAGAGAAGUAUGAGGAUGAUGAAUUAGCUGAAUUAAUAUUAUCUUACUUUAAUAUAUUUUACCCAAUAUCUACUUGUAUAAGCUAUUCUAUAAGAACAAAAAGUGAAUCAUUACUUGGUUAUGAUAAAUUUCAUAUUAUGAAUAUCGAAAAUAAUAUAAAGUUAAAAAAUUAUAUUAAAGAAACGGAAAAUAUUGAAUUUAGUGAUAUUGAUGAAUAUAAAAUGAAAUUAAAUAGAAUUAAUAAUAAAUAUAAUUUCUUAUUAGAUGAAAAUGAAAAUACAUUGACAUAUAAAAAUAUUUUAAUUGGUGUAAAAACCAGUAUAAAUACAGAGGAGAGAAUACCUUACAUAAAAAACACUUAUGAUAACAAAGAAAAUACAAAAAGAAUUUUUAAUAAUUUUACUUAUGAAACUAAAUUAAAAGAAAACAGUUCUGGGAUGUUUAGUAGUGAUUUUUUAAAUAAUGCUAUUGAGUCUGAACAUAUCAAUAUUGAUGUUAUAUACAUGUCUGACAAAGAGAGCAGUAAAUAUGAUAAUUUAUACAUGAAUACAAAAAUUACUUCAAAAGAUGGACUAUGCGAAAAGUUAAAACAUAUGAUUUUUUAUUUUUAUGAAGAAUAUAUAAAAAAAAAUUCAGAAAAAAAGUAUUUUUUCAUUGCUGAUGAUGAUACUUUUGUAAAUGUUAAAAAUUUAAUUGAUGUAAUGAACUUAACUUUAAAUGAGUGUGUUCAUUCAAAAAAAUAUAUGUAUAACAAAUACUUAAAAUCAUACAAGUUUUUAGAGGAAAAUGAGUCUUUUUUUCUUCGAAAUUUUAAAAAUAAAUCUCUGUUUUUAUAUGAAUACUUAAAAAAUAACUUUUUAGAAGCCGCUAAUUCAUUGAAAAAAUAUGAUUAUGUACCUAAAUAUUGUAAAAACAAAUCAGGUAUAAAUAAUAGUACUAUACCUAUUUACGUAGGGCAAAGAUAUUCCUAUAAUUCUUUUUCUGAAAAAAAUUAUUAUGACUACUUAACGGGGGGAGCAGGUAUGUUAAUUAAUGAGGAAACAGCAAGACGAAUAUAUUUAUGUGAGAAUUGUAUAUGUACAACAGAUAAUUCUUUCAUUGAUGAUAUGAUAUUAGGGAAGUGGGCAAGAAAUUUAGAUAUCUUAGCAAUAAAUUUUGAAGGAUUUUUUCAAAAUCAUCCUAAUGAAUAUAAUAAAAAAUACUUAGAUAAUAUCGUUCCUAUUACAUAUCAUAAAUUAAAUAAAGAUAAAACUGUUGAACAAACAAAAAAAAUUUAUUUUGAUAAAUUAGUGUACUAUAAUAAAAACAAUUAUAGCACUAAGGAUUCACACAUUGAUUAUUUAGAUAGAAAUUAUACAAAUAUGAUUGAUAGUAUUUUUCAUUAUUUCUAUUACAUUAAUAUGUAUGAUACUGAACCUAAUAACAUAAUUAAAAUGAAUAGUAAAAUUUACAGUAAAAUGCAUGAAAGUAAAAAUUACAAAUAUUUAUUUGAUUUAAAAAAAUUUUUUAAAAAUCAAAUAGGUGAUCAUAUAAAUUUACAAAGAGAUGGAAACCAUAAGCAUAAAAAAAAAAUAAAAAAGAGAUAUUCUAACAAUUACAUUGAUAAAAGGAAUAGUGAUCUCUCUGAUUUAGAAGGAGGAAAAAAUGAAAAUGAAAGUAAGAAUAGUUAUGAAAAUAAAGAAUAUUUAAAUGAAUACGAAGAUGACGAAUUAUUGAGAAGUUAUAAAGAUGAUGAAGAUGAAAAUGAUGAAGAUGAAGAUGAAAAUGAUGAAGAUGAAGAUGAAGAUGACUACGAUGAUUAUGAUGAAUAUUUAGAAGAAAUAGCUUCUAAUAAGAGUAAUAAUAAACAUAAAUCUGAGAAAAAUGAGCAUUUAAUGAAAAAAUACAGUAUAAAUAAUGAUAGUGAAUUAACCAAUAAUCCUAAAGAAAGUAGAAUUAUAAAUGAAAAAAAUUUUGAAGUAAAUCAAUAUGAAGAUAACUACGAUGAGUUGUAA